AUGAACGCGGAGAACCAGGGCUGCAGCGAGCGGCUGGUGACGGCGGCCUACGUGCGCCAGGGGGCGCAGGGCCGCCGUGCGCACGAGCUGCGCCUGCGGGCGCUGCUGGAGCAGGGGAAAUGUCCUGAAGAUGGAUGGGAUGAAAGCACCAUUGAAUUGUUUCUUCAUGAACUUGCUAUAAUGGAUAGCAAUAACUUCCUGGGCAACUGUGGCGUUGGUGAGAGGGAAGGAAGAGUGGCAUCAGGUCUUGUUGCCCGAAGGCAUUACAGGUUGAUCCAUGGAAUUGGAAGGUCAGGUGAUAUUUCUGCAGUACAGCCCAAAGCUGCAGGUUCCAGCCUUUUGAACAAACUUACUAAUUCAGUAGUUCUGGAUGUUAUAAAACUGGCUGGUGUCCGGACAGUGACCAGCUGCUUUGUGGUUCCUAUGGCAACAGGCAUGAGUCUAACUCUGUGUUUUUUAACAUUGAGGCACAAGAGACCAAAGGCAAAGUACAUUAUCUGGCCACGUAUAGACCAGAAAUCUUGCUUUAAAUCAAUGAUAACUGCAGGUUUUGAGCCUGUAGUGAUAGAAAAUGUAAUAGAAGGUGAUGAGCUACGGACAGACCUUGAAGCAGUGGAGGCCAAAAUCAAGGCUCUUGGUGCUGAAAAUAUCCUUUGUGUGCAUUCUACAACAUCUUGCUUUGCUCCAAGGGUACCUGACAGGCUGGAGGAGCUGGCUGUAAUUUGUGCUAAUUAUGACAUUCCACAUAUUGUCAACAAUGCAUAUGGAGUUCAGUCUUCAAAAUGUAUGCAUCUUAUCCAGCAGGGUGCUCGAGUUGGCAGAAUAGAUGCUUUUGUUCAGAGCUUGGACAAAAAUUUUAUGGUUCCAGUAGGUGGUGCUAUCAUUGCUGGCUUCAACGAGUCCUUCAUUCAGGAGAUCAGCAAAAUGUAUCCAGGAAGAGCAUCUGCAUCUCCUUCUUUAGAUGUCCUCAUUACACUUCUGUCUCUGGGAACCAGUGGCUACAAAAAGUUACUGAAAGAGAGAAAGGAGAUGUUUUCAUAUCUUUCAAGUGAGCUGAAGAAGCUGGCAGAUAACCACAAUGAGAGACUGUUAGACACACCACAUAAUCCCAUUUCCUUAGCCAUGUCACUGAAGACUCUAGAUGAAACUAAUGAUGCUGCUGUUACCCAGCUUGGAUCUAUGCUUUUCACAAGACAAGUUUCUGGAGCUAGGGUUGUUCCCUGUGGGUCUGUACAAACUGUGAAUAACUACACUUUUAAAGGCUUUAUGUCACAUACAAAUGACUAUCCUUGUGCUUACCUCAAUGCUGCCUCAGCAAUUGGAAUUAAAAAGCAAGAUGUAGAUGUAUUCCUGAAAAGACUUGACAAGUGUUUGAAGACUUUUAGAAAAGAAGCAAAGCAAGAAAAAAGUAUAAAUGAAAUCAGUGAUGCUAAUGCAGCUACAGAACAACUUGAAGACUAGAAGAUACAGAUUUAGUAACACAGGAAGAUAAGAUUUUGUCUGAAAUAUGUCAGGUUUGUAUUGGGCUAGAACUAUGCAUCUGCACUGCAGAAAUUUAUUCUUGAUCUUAUGUUCUUUUUAUUGAAAACCAUAAUAAAAAUUUGGAUGGAAUUCAGCUUUAAGAAAGUAGGUGAUACUCUCUCCAAGAACAAGGGACCAGACACAAAUUUUUUUUUGCAGUGUAUGAAAAAUGCACUUAAUAUCUGCCAAAGUAAAGCUUUAUGUUCAAAGACUUA